UUGCCGGGCAAUGUCGUCGAUGCUGCAGACGUUCGCAGUGGUAUUUCUCUUCUGGUUCAUCCUCUUCUUGUGGACCGCGGGCUCCGUCGGUACCGCCUGCUGAGCUCCGUUUACGGCCCUCGACUGGAGGAAUGGGGCGUGUCCUUGUCGUUUGCUCACGUGCGCUGCUACACAACCAAGUUCAACAGGUUCUUCCAGAAGGCGGGGACGUGGAGCAAGCACGUGAGCAGACUGUGGUUCACGGUCGGUGCUCUAGCUGGCGUCGUCCUCAUGUUUUCCUCAAUCAUCGUCCUAAUCUUCACCCUCUUCCAAUCCCUCAACCUCUACCAGGACACUCGACCCGUCCUCACUCCAGUAAUGCCAGGGGUUAACCUUCCCUGGAGAGACCUCUCCUACUACGUGGUCACUCUCGUAGUGUGCGGAGUGUUUCACGAGGCCGGCCACGCUUUUGCCGCCUCGCUGGAGCAAGUCAGGGUCAACGGGUUCGGUAUCUUUGUCAUGUUUCUCUACCCGGGUGCGUUUGUUGACUUACACUCUGAUCACCUCGCCGUCAUAUCCCCAAAGAGACAGUUGAGGAUCUACUGUGCCGGUGUGUGGCACAAUGUGAUUCUAGUCCUCUUCUCCAUACUCCUAUUAUGGGCUCUGCCCCUCCUAUUAGCGCCUCUGUAUACGACCGGUGUGGGUGCAUAUGUGACAUCCGUGGAGGGAGAUUCAGUUCUAAGUGACAAACUGAAAGCGGGGGAGAUCAUCACUAAGAUGAACGGGUGCCUUGUACACAGUACUCCAGACUGGUUCCAGUGUAUCGAGGAACUCGGGAACAAGAACCAGCCCGGAUACUGUCUGUUUUCAGAGCUACUCGACCGACAGGAGAGGUUCUUUCUUAACCAGACCACUCUGCUAGAAGACGGGGGAAGGGAGUGCUGCGACAAGGACACCCAGUCGGACAUUUGUUUCCAGGUCUUCCCUACAAAGGGGCGACCCUCAAUUUUCCACUGUCUGACGGCCCGUACAGUGAGCGCUAGAGAGCCUUGCCAACACUCCAGAGACUGCACUGGAGUUUUAGACUUUGCCUGCGCUUUUCCAGCAAUCUCUCCGGAAUCUCGUCUCGUUCGCAUCUCCCACAGCGAAGGGCCGGAUGUCUUAUUCCUAGGUGACCCUCGAUCUCUCCCCUUCUCUCUCUCAACUUCCAGCUACAUCCCCAGCUCCUCCCUCUCCCCCUCCUGGCUUCCGGAGCUCCUUCAGAAUCUACUCAUGUACCUCGUGUCAUUCUCGAGUGCACUGGCUCUCCUCAACAUGGUCCCGGCCUACUAUCUCGACGGGCAGUGGACGCUCACAGCUCUGGUGGAGCUCUGCUGCGAGAGCCACUUGCAGGAGAAGACACGUCGACAGAUCUGUGGAGUGGUUCUAGUGACGGGGAGUGUUUUGAUGGUUGUCAAUAUUGCCAUUGCUCUCUGGACCCUCUCUAUGUGGUCUUGA